ACUUCCUACUUUACUGAAGUACUGCAGUAGUCAGGCAGGGCUGGGCCUCCCCUUUCUGUCUUCCCCUUCACCUCUGUACAGAAAGCUCUGGCGACCUGCCGUGGAUGCUUGCAGCGGGCAGGAUGGAGGACGAAGAAGGCCCUGAGUAUGGGAAACCAGACUUCGUGCUUUUGGAUCAACUGACCAUGGAGGACUUCAUGAAGAACCUAGAGCUCAGGUUUGAGAAGGGCCGUAUCUAUACCUACAUUGGUGAGGUGCUCGUAUCCGUGAACCCCUACCAGGAACUGCCAUUGUAUGGGCCAGAGGCCAUUGCCAAGUACCAGGGCCGGGAGCUCUAUGAGCGACCACCUCAUCUUUACGCCGUGGCCAAUGCUGCUUACAAGGCAAUGAAGCGCAGAUCCAGGGACACCUGCAUUGUCAUCUCAGGGGAGAGUGGGGCAGGGAAGACAGAAGCCAGCAAGCACAUCAUGCAGUACAUUGCUGCUGUCACCAACCCAAGCCAGAGGGCUGAGGUAGAGAGGGUGAAGAAUGUGCUCCUCAAGUCCACCUGCGUGCUCGAAGCCUUUGGCAAUGCCCGCACCAAUCGCAACCACAACUCCAGCCGCUUUGGCAAGUACAUGGACAUCAACUUCGACUUCAAGGGGGAUCCUGUUGGUGGACACAUCCACAGCUACCUGCUGGAGAAGUCUAGGGUUCUCAAGCAGCAUGUAGGCGAGAGGAACUUCCAUGCCUUCUACCAGUUGCUUCGAGGCAGUGAGGACCAAGAGCUGCAAAGACUGCAUCUGGAAAGAAAUCCUGCUGUGUAUAAUUUCACGCGUCAGGGAGCUGGGCUCAACAUGGGUGUGCACAAUGCCUUGGACAGUGAUGAGAAGAGCCACCAAGGAGUGAUGGAGGCCAUGAGGAUCAUUGGCUUCAGUCCUGAGGAGGUGGAGUCCAUCCAUCGCAUCCUCGCCGCCAUAUUACACCUGGGAAACAUCGAGUUUGUGGAGACAGAGGAAAAUGGACCACAGAAAGGAGGCCUGGAAGUGGCUGACGAGGCCCUGGUAGGAUAUGUGGCCAAGCUGACAGCCACUCCCAGAGACCUUGUUCUGCGAACCCUGCUGGCUCGAACAGUGGCUUCAGGAGGCCGAGAAGUCAUUGAGAAGAGCCACACCGUGGCUGAGGCCAGCUAUGCCCGGGAUGCCUGUGCAAAGGCAAUGUACCAGCGACUGUUUGAGUGGGUUGUGAACAAGAUCAAUGGCAUCAUGGAACCCCGGGACCGAGACCCUCGGUAUGAUGGCAAGGACACUGUCAUUGGGGUGCUGGACAUUUACGGCUUUGAGGUGUUCCCUGUCAACAGCUUUGAGCAGUUCUGCAUCAACUACUGCAAUGAGAAGCUACAGCAGCUCUUUAUCCAGCUUAUCCUGAAGCAAGAGCAGGAGGAGUAUGAGCGAGAGGGCAUCGCCUGGCAGACCAUCGAGUACUUCAACAACGCUACCAUUGUGGAACUUGUAGAGCAGCCCCGCCGAGGCAUCCUGGCUGUGUUAGAUGAAGCCUGCAGCACGGCAGGCCCCAUCACUGACCGAAUCUUCCUGCAGACCCUGGACACACACCACCGCCACCACCCACACUAUUCCAGCCGCCAGCUUUGCCCUACGGACAAGACCAUGGAGUUUGGCCGAGACUUCCAGAUCAAACACUAUGCAGGCGAUGUCACGUACUCUGUGGAAGGCUUCAUUGACAAGAACAGAGACUCUCUCUUCCAGGAUUUCAAACGGCUGCUGUACAAUAGUGUGGAUCCCACCUUGCGAGCCAUGUGGCCAGAUGGGCAACAGGACAUCACGGAAGUGACCAAGCGUCCCCUGACAGCCGGCACACUCUUUAAGAAUUCCAUGGUUGCCCUGGUGGAAAACUUGGCUUCCAAGGAACCCUUCUAUGUCCGCUGCAUCAAACCCAACGAAGACAAGGUGGCUGGGCGGCUCGAUGAAGCCCACUGUCGUCACCAGGUCGAAUACCUGGGACUACUGGAGAAUGUGAGGGUCCGCAGGGCUGGCUUUGCUUCCCGGCAGCCCUACCCUCGAUUCCUGCUCAGGUACAAGAUGACCUGUGAGUACACGUGGCCCAACCAUCUGCUGGGCUCUGAUCGGGAUGCGGUGAGCGCCCUGCUGGAACAGCAUGGGCUGCAAGGGGAUGUGGCCUUUGGCCACAGCAAGCUGUUCAUCCGAUCCCCAAGGACGCUGGUCACUCUGGAGCAGAGCCGAGCUCGCCUGAUUCCCAUCAUUGUGUUAUUGCUGCAGAAGGCUUGGCGGGGCACCCUGGCUAGGUGGCACUGCCGGCGACUAAGGGCCAUCUACACCAUCAUGCGCUGGUUCCGGAGGCACAAGGUGCGUGCCCACCUGAUUGAACUACAGCGACGGUUCCAGGCUGCACGGCAGCCCCCACUCUAUGGCCGUGACCUUGUAUGGCCCACACCUCCUGCUGUGCUGCAGCCGUUCCAGGACACUUGCCGUGUUCUCUUCAGCAGGUGGCGGGCACGGCAGUUAGUGAAGAACAUCCCUCCUUCAGACAUGACUCAGAUCAAGGCCAAGGUGGCUGCUAUGGGGGCCUUGCAAGGAUUGCGACAGGACUGGGGUUGCCAGAGGGCCUGGGCCCGAGACUACCUGUCCUCUGACACUGACAACCCCACAGCUUCCCAUCUGUUUGCUGAGCAACUAAAGGCACUUCGGGAGAAGGAUGGCUUUGGAACUGUGCUUUUCUCCAGCCAUGUGCGCAAGGUGAAUCGCUUCCGCAAGAGCCGGGACCGGGCCCUUCUGCUCACAGAUCGGUAUCUCUACAAGCUGGAGCCUGGACGACAGUACCGGGUGAUGCGGGCUGUGCCUCUGGAGGCGGUGACAGGGCUGAGUGUGACCAGUGGAAGAGAUCAGCUGGUGGUGUUACAUGCCCAAGGCCAUGAUGAUCUUGUAGUGUGUCUACACCGUUCCCAACCACCACUGGACAAUCGAAUUGGGGAGCUGGUGGGCAUGCUGGCUGCACACUGCCAGGGGGAGGGACGAACCCUGGAGGUCCGUGUCUCUGACUGCAUCCCACUGAGCCAGCGUGGUGCCCGGCGCCUCAUUUCUGUGGAGCCCAGGCCAGAGCAGCCUGAGCCAGAUUUCCAAAGCAGCCGUAGCACCUUUACCCUCCUCUGGCCAAGCCACUGAGCAAGAAGGCCAAGCCUGUCUAACCUGGUUUCCACGUGGUUCUAAACACCUGGUCUUGACCGCACUAAAGGCCAGGACUUGUCUACCCUUACAUGGAACAUUGAAAAAUAAAGAUGCUAUAUUUGUUUUCA